ACCAAAAGAGCACCCCAUACUAUUCUCUCUCCCUCCCUCCUUCUAGAUCUCCAUAUUGUUCUUGGCUUUAAGCGUGCGCUCUCUCUCUCUCUCUACUAUAAUAAAAAUGGUUAUAGGAGAGAACAAUAAUCAACCACCACAAACCAUGCAUUUUUGUAAAGUUUGUAACAAGGGUUUUUCUCGUGGCGGUGCACUCGGUGGACACAUGAGAUCCCAUGGCAUUGAAGACAUCAAUGCUAAGAACAAUGAAGAAGGCAACAAGCUCACGUACUUCCUCCGAACACCCAAUAACCAGUUCACGAAUUAUGGUGCAUGUAAUGAGCGUUCUAGCAAUAAUCUCCUAUUGUGGGAGCCGGUGGAGCACACUGGCUCGUUCAAGAGUAUAAAGGAAAAGUAUGAUACAAGUGGCACUUCAAAAGAGGAAAAGGAAAUGGCCAACUGUUUGGUCAUGUUAUCAAAUGGAGAGGAAGAAGAAAAGGCGAAGGAAGUGGUGAAAGGUAAUUUCCAAUGUAAAGCUUGUAAGAAGGUAUUCAAUUCCCACCAGGCGUUAGGAGGGCACAGAGCUAGCCACAAAAGGGUCAAGGGUUGUUUUGCCGCAAGAUUCGAGAAUAUAGAUGAUGAUAAUAUUGUUGAAGAUGAUAAUGAGUUAUCAAAUCCCACAAAUUCUGAUGCAUUGCAUCUGAUAGAUCUCAACAGCACAUCAGAGGCACCUGCCAUUUUUUCUCCUUUGAAAAAGAAGUUCAAAGUGCACGAAUGCUCUAUAUGUCACCGUGUUUUUUCAUCAGGCCAGGCCUUAGGUGGCCAUAAAAGGUGUCAUUGGCUUAUAUCUAACAUGGCAGAAAACAAUGCAGUGCCUACUUUUCGUGGGUUUCGAUAUGACAGCGAACAACUAUUCAAAAAACCUAUGAUCUGUAAAUCUCAGUUGCUCGAUCUCAACCUCCCCACGCUGUUUGAUGAUACAUAUGAUGAUAGCUCAUCAAAGUUUGAAGCCCUCACAAGAAUCUACCUACCACCGCGAAGUGAAGAAGAGAUCAAGGAAGUGAAUCUACCAAAACUUAGUGAGAUGAGAGAGAUGAACUUGGAUGGGAAUUGUUCCACAUGGUUGCAGGUGGGAAUAGGUCAGACAACUGAAUAGUGGUGUCAGAUAAGAGAGCAAGGGUCUGUCACCCAUCGGAUGAUUAUCACUGCCAGCUUGGAUACUCCUUUUGUUCCAAUUUGCUUGUCCCUACAAAAAAUCGUGCAAUUUUCUGAUUAAUGCAUAAAGUAAUUUCGUGCAUCAA